AUGGCUAUCGACUUCUUCAGAGGAGCCCGGCGUCCAGGGCGUUUCAUCGAGAUCCUCCUGUGCUUGGCGCUUACAGCCCGAAACCUGCAAUCUGUUCAGAGGCGAGAAGGACACAACACUUGGGGGGAUGAGGUCAGGCUCCUCCCAGCAGCGGGCCCCCAGCCCUGGCUCCCUGAACCGCACGCCGUCCUCACCCCGCUUCUUACUCCUCUCUCCCAGCAGCUCAGUCAUAAUGGUCAGUUCUCCAGAGACCAAGGACGACGAGGCUCCAUCCUCCCCCGGAGGGUCCCCACCUUCACCUCCGUCGUCACCAGCAUCGCCCCACUUCGCACUGCGCUCUCCAGAUGGCACUCGACGAUCCGAAUCACCAGACUCAUCAGUCAUAUACCACAUCUUCUUCCUUCCAUCGCCAAGCAAUUCACCCACCUCGCUCAGAGAGUCUGCCGUAUCACCCAGCUAUUCCCCAACCAUCCCCAGACGUUUGCAAGAGGAAAUACCUACCAACUCAGAGACGUCAGCAGAGAUGUGACCAAGCUGUUGGCCGACACGAUCGCCUCACUCGCCCGUUUCUCCAUGGCCCUGGUGGGGGUCACUCACCCACUCGCAGAAGAGACCUUCCUGCAUUUUGCUCUCACAGGCGUGCUUGCGCUUCUGCUUGCUGUUGCCACACAUGUGCUGGCAGAAGAGACACUUCCAACGGCCGACUUCACCACACGGGCUGUGGGCGCCCCCGAGUUUACCAGCGUGACCCUCCUGCCUGCCGCCGAGAGCGCUGCUGGCGAGCUUGGUGCCGGCGUGAUCCCCCAGCUUGCCUGCGUCCCUGUGGGCGACGCUGCAGACGACAGUGACGGCGUGAACCCCUGGCCUGGCCACACGAGUCCCCUGACUGCCAGAGACCCUGUCAGUGACCCCAGCUCACCAAUGAGACCUCUUGUUUACAAAUAAAACCAUUUCCCCCUGCACUGUGUUUCUGCCAUUUGUAUUACUUUUUAUUCUGUUUUUCUCUACCGAUUUUAAUUUUUUACU